CGGAGCCGGGCGGGCGGCGGGAGGCGGCGGCGCCUCUGGUUCCUGCCGGGCGGCGGCGGACGGGAGCCCCGGGAUGGCGUUCAUGGAGAAGCCCCCGGCCGGCAAGGUGCUUCUGGACGACACGGUGCCGCUGACAGCAGCCAUCGAGGCGAGCCAGAGCCUGCAGUCGCACACGGAAUAUAUCAUUCGAGUGCAAAGAGGAAUUUCUAUAGAAAAUAGUUGGCAGGUUGUCAGGAGAUAUAGUGACUUUGACUUGCUGAACAACAACUUGCAGAUUGCAGGCCUAAGUCUACCUCUUCCUCCCAAAAAACUGAUUGGCAACAUGGAUCGUGAAUUCAUAGCCGAGAGGCAGAAAGGUCUUCAGAACUAUCUCAAUGUUAUCACCACAAAUCAUAUCUUGUCUAAUUGUGAACUGGUUAAGAAGUUUUUAGAUCCAAACAACUACUCUGCAAACUACACUGAGAUUGCCUUACAACAGGUUUCCAUGUUCUUCCGGUCCGAACCCAAGUGGGAAGUGGUGGAACCCUUGAAAGACAUAGGUUGGAGGAUAAGGAAAAAAUAUUUCUUGAUGAAGAUUAAAAAUCAGCCAAAGGAACGGCUAGUGUUAAGUUGGGCUGACCUUGGCCCUGACAAGUAUCUGCCUGAUAAAGAUUUUCAAUGUCUAAUCAAACUUCUGCCUUCCUGUUCGCACCCUUACAUCUACAGGGUUACCUUUUCUACAGCUAAUGAGUCUUCAGCAUUGCUAAUUAGGAUGUUCAAUGAAAAAGGAACUUUGAAGGACCUAAUCUACAAGGCAAAACCAAAGGACCCGUUCCUCAAGAAGUACUGCAACCCUAAGAAGAUUCAAGGCCUUGAACUCCAGCAAAUCAAAACAUAUGGGCGACAGAUAUUAGAGGUACUAAAGUUCCUGCAUGACAAAGGAUUUCCAUAUGGGCAUCUUCAUGCUUCCAACGUGAUGCUGGAUGGGGAGACUUGCCGGCUGCUAGACCUAGAGAAUUCUUUACUGGGUCUUCCUUCAUUCUACCGGUCUUAUUUCACCCAGUUCAGGAAAAUCAAUACAUUGGAAAGUGUGGACGUCCACUGCUUUGGUCACUUACUAUAUGAAAUGACUUACGGCCGGCCGCCCGACUCGGUGCCAGUAGCCUCCUUCCCUCCUGCCCCGUCUAUGGCUGUGGUGGCGGUGUUGGAGUCUACGCUGUCUUGUGAAGCCUGUAAAAAUGGCAUGCCCACCAUCUCCCGGCUCUUACAGAUGCCAUUAUUCAGUGAUGUUUUACUAACCACUUCUGAAAAACCACAGUUUAAGAUCCCCACAAAGUUAAAAGAGGCAUUGAGGAUUGCCAAAGAAUGUAUGGAGAAGCGGCUGAUGGAAGAGCAGAAGCAGAUCCACCAGCAUCGAAGACUGACCAGAGCUCAGUCUCACCACGGCUCCGAGGAAGAAAGGAAAAAGAGAAAGAUUUUAGCUCGUAAGAAAUCAAAACGAUCUGCCAUUGAAAAUAGUGAAGAACAUUCCGCAAAAUACAGCAACUCCAAUAAUUCAGCAGGAUCUGGGGCCAGCUCACCUCUCACAUCCCCUUCAUCUCCGGCUCCACCCUCUACAGCAGGGUUAUCUGCAUUACCUCCACCUCCUCCACCGCCGCCUCCACCACCAGCAGCUCCCUUGCCUCCUGCGAGCACAAGCACGAGCACGGAAGGGCCCACGCAGCCCCUGCCCCAGACUGUGAAUGGGGUGGGCCGAGCGGCCCUACUCAGCUCCAUCCAGAAUUUCCAAAAAGGAACUUUGAGGAAAGCCGAAACUUGUGAUCACAGCGCUCCUAAGAUAGGCUAAAGCUUUGGGUUUACACUUGGAGAGAAGUGCUUUUUUUUUUCCCCACCUCUCAAGUACCCUGUUCCCAUGAAUAAUUGCUGAGCCAGUUACAGCCACAUACUGUUUUGCAGAUGCUGAUGUAAGAAGUUUUCAAGAGGGAAACGUUCGAUAAAAUUAGGCAGACAUUGCUGCAUUAAGAAAUAUUUGCUCCUUUAUGACCAUCUUAAAGGAGUCUUGUUCAUCCUCUAAUGGGCACUGGGGGGAGGGGGGUGGAGCCAGCAGCAUUGGCAACAGUAUUUGCACCAACUUAAGGAAGCACAGAAUAACUGUGACAAUACCCAGUCACCACAGUGAAUGGCCCUUGUUGUGUUGCCUGUCCCUAGUGUUCUUCAGACAGCUCCUAUGAAUGUUCCUCAGAGUUAAUUUCUCUUUUCUUAAGGCAUUAACUGGUUAUUUCUUAACUACCAUUUUCACCCUCUUAAUUUCAUGUUAGACAUUAACACUAGUUAAUGUCUUAACUAGUGUUAGGCAUAGUUAGUUGCUAAGUCAGAGGCAACGGAGUUUUCCUCUCAACUAGAACAGGAAGGUCUAACAUUCUUCUGUGUUCCAACAGGAAAUCCAUGGUGGUGUAGAACUCAGGGCUGCUGAUGCAAGUACUUCUAGACUUAAAAUUCCUUUCAGUUAGAACGUACUGAACAGAUUUUUUAAAAGUCAGGAAAAGCUCUUGCCAACUAGAGGAUCUUAAUUCUCAGCAAUGAAGUCAAGUUUUGGGUUUGUGGGGGGUAAUAGUAUUAUAUAAUACAAGGAAAUUUGGCAUCUUUCAAAGAUUUAUCCAAAUAUAUCUUUUUAUUGUAACUCAUUUAUAAGAGAUCCUUUAUCCUAUGAUUUGCUUACACCCUUAAUAAAUUGCACUUUAAAGGAUUAUAAAUAAUCCAUUUAAAAAUUCAAGUAUACACAUCAGUGUUGGUUACUAUGCAGACAGAAUGUUAUUGUGUAUAGUUUCAUGUAAUCUGUGAUAAAUGUUCAGUUGUAUUUUUUAAAAUAAACCAUGUCAAGAAAAUG